GCCAUUACCAUCUUUUUCAUCCAUACACAGAGAUGACAAGCUUGGAAAUUGCUAUCAAAGUUGAUAACUCAAUAUCAAGCAGCAAAGACCUUACCGAUGAUACUAAACCCAUUGUCUUGAUGUCUAUUUUGCGUGGUCUCCACGCAGGAUAUUUCAGAAUAAGCCUCUCUAUCUGCAGCCAAGCUCUGCUAUGGAAGAUAAUGAUCGCACCUGACUCGCCGAGCAUGUCUCAUGUGCAUAGCAGACUCCCAUUUAUGGCGUUCCAUCUCCUGUGGUACCUAGCACUUGCAACACAAGUUUCACUCUGCUUUUUGUACGCCUUAAAGUGUAUUUUCUUAUCUGACAUGGUGAAGGAAGAGUUCUUGCACUAUAUUGGAGUGAACUAUCUUUACGCUCCAUCCAUUUCCUGCCUUCUCUUGCUUCAGUCAGCUCCAAUGAUGGAACCACAAAGCGUUUUGUAUCAGACACUAUUCUGGGUGUUUGCUGUUCCUGUCUUGACCCUUGACAUAAAGCUUUACGGCCAGUGGUUCACAACAGAGAAAAGGUUUUUGUCGAUGCUAGCAAACCCAGCAAGCCAAGUAUCAGUAAUAGCGAACCUCGUGGCUGCACGAGGAGCUGCAGAGAUGGGUUGGAAAGAGUGUGCUCUAUGCAUGUUCUCCUUAGGAAUGGUUCACUAUUUGGUUAUCUUUGUCACACUUUAUCAACGCUUACCAGGUGGAAACAAUUUCCCAACCAAGUUAAGGCCAAUCUUCUUCUUGUUCUUUGCUGCACCAGCCAUGGCAAGUCUAGCUUGGAACUCCAUUUGUGAAACCUUUGAUGCUGUAGCGAAGAUGUUGUUCUUCCUCUCGCUUUUCAUCUUCAUGUCCCUGGUGUGUAGGCCAAAUCUUUUCAAGAAAUCAAUGAAAAGAUUCAACGUCGCGUGGUGGGCUUACUCGUUCCCUCUUACCUUUCUUGCCUUAGACUCAGUUCAGUAUGCCCAAGAAGUGAAAGACCCGAUUGGUUCUGGCUUGAUGCUUAUAUUCUCAUCCAUGUCAGUUUUGAUCUUCCUUGGUAUGAUGUUACUGACAGCAGCAAACAGCAAUAGAUUACUUAGACGUGAUCCUGUCCUGAGUUCCGCUACCGGUCCAAAAGACAAGCAAAAAUCAUUGCCGCUCAGUGUGGCUUUGUAAUAAAUAUAAAUAAAACAAGCUAUAUUUUUAUGUUAUGUAUUAUCUCUAAUAUUUCUCAUCCAAAGACCUCUGUGUGGAAGCAUUUUGGAAGCUUUUUAAUCACUACAUUAAGAGCAAUACACUAUAUAUUUUGUA